GAUCCGCACUGAACGAGCAGUAAACUUGCAGACUAAGAAUAAUCGGCCUCCAACAAUCCGUACCUCGUUUUAACGAGAGCGAUGAUGGGCGGGAUGGAGGUGGAGAUGAAGCUGAAAGGAGAGACGGAGAUGGAGACAGAUACAUCAUACUACUCAUACUGGCCCGAACCGUUCAUGGACUAUCAAGUAGAGUCAGGUCAACCUGGUCUGGAAUUUUACGCUUUUGUAGCUGCCUAUACGCUGUUAGCAUUUAUUUUGAUUGGUCCSAUAGUACUGUGGAUUCGAAACCAGAAACAAAGGGAAUUUGUGGACACAUCGCGCGAGUUCAACAAAGAAAAUUCAAACAAGGUAUACAAAGAUCAAAACGAAAACAGAAAACACCUGCCACGAGCAGAAGUGCCACAAGAGCCCCGAAAGCCACCAAGAAACGCAUUGGACAAUCACUGGUCAUUGGACAUGGUAACAAGAAAGAGUACAGAAAGGAAUGACUCUUCUACACAAGAAACCACAACAACGAGGCGUACUGGCAGUGAUCGUGACACAAUUAGGAAUGAACAGCCAAAGAAUUCAGUGAGGAGCCAAAUGCCAUCAUCAAGUGAUGAACAUGGUGAGCGUUUCUCGUCGAGGCUCUCGUCAUCAUCGUCCAUCGGUAUCGACAAAAGGGGUUCAUCAAGGACCAGCACUUCUUCCAGUAAGAGUCGUUCCCCCUCUAUACGAAAUGCUUUGCAGCGGCAGUUCCACCAAAGCUACCCAGACCAAGAUCCAGACUUUCAAAACCAUAUUGCUCACUUAUUUUCACAGCAGCCUUUAAACCAUGGAAUUCAGAGUCAAAUUAAGCAGAAAUCUUCAAGCAAUAACGUGAGGAAACAGCGACAGCAGCAACACGAACAUCAAGCAUUUCAACCAACAGCUUCGAAUCAACCCAGUAGCAGUAGUCGGAAUCACCAUGAUCCAAAUCGAACCAACGAAGUCUCUAGUAGCGUUCCCAGUGCAGCAACUACUAGUAAACUCUACCAACAUGGUGGUAACCCUUCCAACAAGGGGUUUUCAAGGCGAGUUUUGGAUGUCGGAGGGCGGCGCUGGAAAAAUCGGAGACCAAUUGGACGCGUUGACGUCAUCAAACGGAACUCGUCAUCCAUUGCAGAAAGUCAAAACAAUAGACUUAGCAACCUCAACCUCAACAGUACCAAUUUGAACACCCUUCCAAUUGUUCCACAAGAACAACACAGAGCACGCAGAGUUAUGAGCGAUGUGGCUAGUACUAUCCUAAGUGAGCAACAUCAUCAACUACAUCACCAGCCACAAAUUCAACUUGAUAUUUCCAUGAUGAAGCAGUUCAACCUCGAGCGACUUCAGUUACAGCAACAACUUUACCAGCAAUACAAUCUACCACAAGGUGAACAUCGACACAUGCUAGCAAUUCRACAGUAUGAACCGCGCUACAAUAUGGGAAGAAGUAGCCGAAGCUCUUCCGCCUCGGCCUUGUCUUCGAUCGUUGACGAUAUUUCUCCCAAUGAUGCUGCUGAUGCCAUGGAUCCAGGUCGGGGUAACCACUUCACUGAAACCGAUGAGAAAYACUUGUCUCAUCCGGAUAUGUCUGGUGGGCCCAAAGUUGGCCAGUCUCGGGCGGUUUGUGCUCCAAUAGAGGGAUUCUUGUCACUUGCCACUCCCGAUUUUGAAAAAUGGAACGUAUUGGUCAAAUCUGUACCCCUUACAUUGGGAGCUUGCUCGGAAGCACUAUUUCGGCUGAUCACAAUAGCGUUUAUUUCCCAAAAACUUGGAACUGAGUCAAUGAUAGGUGCGUUCGUAAAAUUGAAGUAUUAUUCAGCGAAGAUAUUUUCGAAUUUGUUUUUAAUGAACAUGCUUGUUUUUGAAUUUUAAUGCGAAGCAUACUUGCUGGUUGGACUUUUUGUACGACUUACCAGCGAAGAACUAGCGGGUGCCAUUAUCGAUGCGCUCUCCUCCUUUGUCCAAGCCUCUAUGGACAGGACGGAUGUUGAGGCCAAGGAUAGAAGCUACAUGGCGGGACAAUACAUCCAAUUGGGGUUCAUAGUACAAGUCAUGCUGAACAUCCCCCUUCUUUUGGUAUGGGCUAUUUUUAUGCCGCAGUUUGUGAUGUGGCUGGUCAACAAUCGCGAAAUUGCUAACAUUGCCGGGAGUUAUGCAAGCAUCGUAGUCGCUUCUUACAUGGUCCAAGCACUCAGCCGAACGCUGACGGUUGUUUUCCAAAUUCGUGGUCACCAACACUUCGAAUCCGUCAUCGAUCUUGUAGCAGCGGUUAUUCAAGUGGUUGCUAUUGCUUGCAUUUUAGUUUUGGUCGAUGGAGUCAACUUGAACACCGUGGCGUAUAUACAAGGUGAGUUGUGAUAAUCUCGAUGUGGGUUGCAUCAUGUGCUGCUUGCUUCUGACAGCGAUGUCAACGUUUCUGAUAUGUUUUUUUUCUAGUUUUGAUCACUGUGUCGUCGGCAAUAAUGAAAAUAACCUACCCGCAAGCUAGGGGCUGGAUGCAACCGUACCAUAAAGGUAUCUUUCAAAAUGUGGCACUGUGGAACUACAAGUUUGGGAUUUUUCACCUUUUUAAAGCUGUGGUGCCGCUCUUUAUCGGGGGUGUGCUGGAGUAUGGGGAAUGGGAAAUUUUAACACUUUGUAUACGGAGCUUAGGACCUGCCGAAGGUAAAUGAUGCACUCGUUAAUUGGUCUGCACAUCACAUAGAACACGAAUAUUUCUUACGUUUGUUUUGACUCGUUUCAUUGUUUGGACUCAAAAACAAACAGUUGCGACAUGGGCUUUGCUGGGAUUGCUUUGGGACUUCUUUGAAGCUUUGAUCGAGGGAUUAGCCGAGGCGGCGGCUAACAAGAUAUGUUAUCUGCUCUCAGCGGGCCAGGUUGAUCGUGCGAAAAACCUUUCGUACAGCGCCAUAUAUAUGGCCGUCAUCCAGUCGGUCAUGGUCACUUCGACGCUCUACAUGACAGGACAGUACCUGGCCGUUCUCUUCACCUCCGAUCCCGCUAUGCAGCACAUUAUGAACAACACCAUUGCCAUGAUCGGUGUUGCCAACAUCAUCAUGGCUUAUUCUCGCAUUAGCUGGUCCGUGGUUGGGUCGCAGGGAAGGUACCAGCUGGCAACGUUUGUGGUCUUCUUUUCGAGGUGGUUUGUGACCAUGCCCUGCGCACUGGUUUCCAUCUUCGUCUUUCGCUUCGACCUGAACGCCGUGGCCGGUUCGCUGGUCGUGGGUUACGCCACCGCGUGCAGCGCUCUCACCGUGGUCGUUUUGAGCAGCGACUGGGAUCGACUGGUGAGAUUGAGGCAAGCCAUGAACCUGCCGGCCCCGAUGGAUUUCGAUGCCGGAGAUCCGAAGAGACCCGGGGAAGGCGCCGGAAGCGACGGCGAUGGAAUGGUUCCAAACCCCGCCCUGGAGGUAAUGAACCUGGACGAUUUCGACGACAGCGACGACGACAGCGAUGGCUUCGGAUUSGGGGACUAUACAAAUGCCAACGAGGACGACAGCGCUCCGACCGAAGCUGCGUCGAAAAAAUCGGAUGCCCGACGGGCCAAGGGUGUGCAGGACGCACCGGAAAGAAAGGGUUCCGAACGGCGGUAGCGGAGUUCGAUGCCAGCCUGCCCUUGAAAAGGAUACGUGCCAAUGGUGUUUCGUUUGUUACAAUAGAAGUGGGAAAAAAUAAUCGCACAACCCCGCCAAAUCAAGUAAGUGUACUACUAGCUCAGAACGGAAUAACCGAUUUAGAAAGUU